GCUCCACCUUAAGCCCACUGGCUCUUACUGCAGGAUUACUCUGAGCUGCCAGGAAGGAAGUUCCUUAAACUACUCUGCUCUGGGAGCAGACUACUCACAAGCUCAAAAAUGGGCUGCAACACUGAGCCACGUCAGAAGGAGGUAUGAAAGCGAGAGAAAUCAUGGAAAUGGUAACUACAAAUGCUGCUCUGCUGCUUUUUUAUGUGUCUUUCUGGGGCAUUGCCUCUGUUUGCUGUUCAAACAGUUCUUCUUUGGUUUAUCUUGUAACCUGGUGUGUAGCUCUACAUGGAUCACUGCAAAGAACAGGGAGCCGGUUCAACGCUGGGGGAGGUUACCUGAUAGGGAGGCAUAAAUGCUUUCAGGAUUUAGCUCCCUAUUAUUACUUUUGCUGGAAACUUGUUGUGCUGGUCUUGUGGGGCUAAGUUCCACCCCACCCUGUCCAGAGAAAAGAGCAACUUUUUGGAGAUAUCACGGUUGUGCUAUAGUGAUAUGGGGAUGUUCAGGGUUAAAAACCAAGGCAGGGGGACAUCUGUGUCCUUAGUUGCCAUCAGCCCCAGCCAGCAUGGCCCGUGGGUCAGGUUUGAUGGGAGUUGUAGUCCGGGAACCACUGGAGGUUCCCAAUCAGUGCCUUAACCUGGCCAUAAAUGCGCCUCUUUACUUUCUAGUGUUAGGGUUGAAACCUUCUGAGGGAAACAUGGGGUGCACAAAGUGCGGGCUGAUUUCUUGAUGAAAGGUCGAAGUUCUCACAUGCCUGAGACUACCUGAAGUGCUUAUAAAAGGGUGGCGGAGUGCAGCAUGGGGCUGCCCCUUUCAGUAGUGUGUGUAAAAGAGAGAGACCGACUGACACACAGAGCGAAACUAUCCCUGUUGAACUCUUUCUUCUGCACAGCUCUGCAUUGCAGGAGCCAAGUCUUCCUCCUGUCUGUUUUAGUUCUAUUUCUUGGUUUUUCCAGUCUCCAUGUUUCUGCAGCAGUUUGCAAUUUGUUUAUUUAUUUUAAAAUCCUCAUGGAAAUUCUUCCGCAUUUUAGUACACAUUUUUCCUAGUAAGUGCACUUUGUGCGCAGUUUUGACUAAUGCACACAUCUUUGCAAGCAAUUUCUCCUAAUAUUAUGCAUUUUUGGUAAUGUAAUUCAUUUUUAUGCACCCUUUCCCCUUAUCAUACGCAUUUUUUGUAAGCAUUGGUUGGAUGGAGAACUGCGUUGUAACCUUCGGAGGAGCGUGAAUUUCAAAGGGUGGCUGGGUUUCAGCUUCGGAAACUAUGAGUUUGAUAAAUCUGGCUUUAAAUGUGUCUAAAUUGAACUUUCCCCCCAUCCUUAUUUCUUGAUGCCUCCUUUUAAACCCUUUGGGCGGGGGGGGGGGGAGCAGAACAUAACCUUUAAUGAUUCUUUGUAACCAUUGAACAAUUUGUAAACACCAUAGUCCCUUUCUUAUUUUAAGAGUUUGGGCUGCAAUUCUUAAUCUACUCACUGAGAAGUACACUGAACACAGUGGGAUUUACUGCUGGGUAAAUAUGCCUAGGUUUGUACUGCUAAACUAACAGCCCCCAUGCACUCUUCUCUUCUCCCUCCCAAAGUCGUUCUAGUGUCUUUGAUUUGGCUAUGAAACUACCUGGCGAACCUCUUUCCAUUUUAGUCUUUUGAGAAACUGUGGGUGGAUUUGCAGGAAAACUUGCCUGAGUUUAUACUUUCUGGAUGUCAUCAAACUUGAUUGAUGGUACCUGGAGCAUGUGGCAAAAUUCCAGCAAUUGUGGCUGCUGGGGGUCAGAGUACUGUCUUGAGUAAACAAAUGAUAUCUGCAGAAUGUUCCUGUUGAGAUUUACAAAGCCAAUCAGUUCCAUAAAUAGGAACCAUAAGAGAUUCCUGUAAAUGGCUCUUUGUGGAACUGGUGGAUUACAGUCUUGUGCAAAGUAUUUUUAAAAAAACAAAAACUGGGGAAGCUGAUUUGUAUCCUCCAAAUAGUAUCUGGUAUGCCCAUCCCACCAUGAAGCUCACUGAGCAAACUUGAGCAAAUCUCACCUACCUCACAGGGUUGCAUAUUGAGCAUAAUAUAGACCUGGGCAGGCAGGGGUAGGGGUGGGGAUGGGGGUGAGGUGCAUGCUGCCUAGGCCUCAUGGAAGGAUGUGUUGAGAGUUGUUGCAAAUGGAAUCCCUGAUCUGCAUCCUUGAUUGUGCAGAGCCAAAAUUAAUGCUCUCCACAAGUUUCAAAGAGUUUUUCUGCAGUCUUAAACCAGUUACAAAACAAACACUGCAAAAUACAAAGUAACACAUUGCUCUUAAACUAGCAAUACAGUCCAGUCUUCCUAAAGACCUUAACUUUCCUCUCUCUAUUCCCAGAGAGAAAUCCUAUACAAGUAACCUGCUUGCUCCAGAUCACUGAGCUCCUGCUGCUGCAGGCUCUAUGGUCUGCUAAGAAGCUGAGUUCUCAGGUGCUCCAGAGAUUAGUCAUCACUUAGCUGGAACAGAAAUUUCUAGUGUCUUCUUCCGCAUUUCCUAGAUGCUGCCUAAUGCAAACCUCUUUUUUAUUUCCGUGCAUACGACCAUCACAUUUUAUGCUCAUUAAAGUUACAUUGUUAACAGGAAAAAUGAGAUUAAAAUGUAAUAAAUAAUCUGGGAACUCAUUCCAGAGCAUACAAACCCAGCAUUGAGUCCUUCAUGCCUUUUAGAGCUGAAGUGGCAAGUUUAUUGCUGUACAGACUUUUUCCCUCUUACAUAUAAACCGGGGACAGUGAUCUGCCUGAGUGACAUAGCCUAUGUCGCAUAGGAGCCAACUUCUAGGGGUCCAGGUCCCUUUGGUCGUCCCCCCCCCCCAUUGAUGGGCAUUGACAUUCAAAUGAUGUGCAUGUGCCACAUAUUUUGAUAGAUUAUGCCGGGUGGGGCUUCCCUCCCCCAAUUUUAUUCAAGUCGGCAUCCCUGCUGAGUGGUGAUCUGCAAACUUGACUUAAGCACUUGGCUUUUUAAAUGUUGGUAGUCCUGUUAAUAAGAGGGACGUGGGUGGCAUUGUGGGUUAAACCACAGAGCCUAGGACUUGCUGAUUAGAAGGUCGGGGUUCAAAUCCCCGCAACGGGGUGAGCUCCCGUUGCUCGGUCCCUGCUCCUGCCAACCUAGCAGUUCGAAAGCAUGUCAAAGUGCAAGCAGAUAAAUAGGUACCACUCCGGCGGGAAGGUAAACAGUGUUUCCAUGCGCUGCUCUGGUUCUCCAGAAGCAGCUUAGUCAUGCUGGCCACAUGACCCAGAAGCUGUACGCCAGCUCCCUCGGCGAAUAAAGCGAGAUGAGCGCUGCAACCCCAGAGUCAGUCACGACUGGACCUAAUGGUCAGGGGUCCCUUUACCUUUACCUUUAGCCCUGUUAAUAGUUUCUACUUCCUGCUCUCUUCCCUUUCUUUCUGGGUGAGUUGUGGUUACAGCUGGUCAGGUGGUCUGCUAGGAGCACACCACAGCACACCAUUCAACCUCACAGCCAUCCCCAAUUAUUGAAUUCAUUAUUCCAUUUCUUUGCAAGCCAGCUUUAAUGCUAAACAAGAUGCCCCCAGACUUCUCAAGGCCUAUUGUGUUCUCUCUCCCUCCCUCCCUCAUCUGUAAUAUGAAAACACAGGGAGAGAAAUGAGUUAAUGUUGGUUAGUGGAUUUUAGUAGUGCCCAAAUGGUAGAUUGGCAGCUAAUUUCACCCUUUUCGUCAUCAGCAGGCUCUGUGUUAAAAACCAAACCACACUUUGAGAGUCAGGUUAUGUACACACCAUACCUUUAAAUCACAUCCUGCUCUGCUCUGGGACCUGUACUUCACAGAGCUACAAUUUGCAGCAACUACAGUUUGCAGCCUUCUUUGGGGGGUGAGUAUGUGGGUUAGUUCAGCAGCUGCAUGGGGUUCAGCAAACUGAGCCUCAGCGUUGGCACAAUCCCUAGUUUACUCUCUGUGCUACUCUUCACCCAGGCAAAAAUAACUGGUAAAUGAUAAGUUGGAACAAAUGGACUGAGAAUGUCAAGGGCUUGGGUAGAACAGGACAUUUUCAAUGUUAAAAUAAUUAAAUGGAACAGAGCAAAAACAUCUGUCCUUGUUGUAAGUAAAAAUAGUGAACUGAGGGAGAUUGGAAACUUGAGCUUAAACUGCUACCGGUGGUAAUAUGUCCACAUUAUGGAAAUGCUUCCAUGGAAACAGUCAAGCACUUAAUGCUUCUGGCAUUCAGGGGCGAAGUACCCCAGCGAGCUCAUGGAUGCACUGCCUGGGAAAGCAAUAGCACCUGUGUUGCCCUUUCAGAAACAGGAAGAGCUCUCCAGGAUUCAACUCUGUAAUUUUCAGCUGUGCUUUCAAUGCAUAAUAAAAUCACAAAGCAAUUGUUACUUCUUCUUUUUUUUAAAAAAAGGCUUAUCUCUAGUUAGGGGGUGGCAACCUGGCAAAGGUUUCAUCUUUCAUGGUGGCUUCUCUCUGCAGCUCUGAUGAGGAAUUCAGUAAUAAAAGAAGCACCUGGUUUGCAGUAAAGCACCGUAAACAGUGCUGUGCAUUUGAGCAGAUCUUAAAGUCCGCCUGCAGAUAUUGCACCCAUGCUGAAGAAACAAUGGCAUUUAUUUUGCCUUGGCUUCCAUUGGUUGUAGUCAUAACUCAGUGUGAAGUUUUGGAUGAAGAUCAGAGGGGUUUUGGUCUGUCUUUUCCUUUACGGAAAUGUUAAUUGCAUAUACAUUCCAGACUGGGCUUGGGCAUAAUACUGAGUUGUAUCAUACAGCUGGCUGCUCCAGUACAAUCGGAGCAAUUGAAAUAUCUCCUAGGUGCUUUGCAUCAUGCUGUGUAAUGUGAAAAUAAUAGCGUUGACUAAAAGGGGUUAUUCAGGAGAAACUGUUUUGUAUUUAAUAAGUUGGAUGCAAUUACGCAAAAUUCAAUAAAAUCUCAGGACAAGGCUCUGCUGUGUUGCCUUCUCAUUAAAGGCAUCUGUGUCUCUUUUUCGGCAUAAUGGUGCUUCUGUCCAAGGUUGUCUUGUUUCACCUAAUUUUCUGAUCCAGCAAGCUAUUGCAGGAGAGCACAGUUCUUUGCACAAGGCUGAUCUGCAUGGCUGCUGUUCCUCCUGCCGAGCAAGCACAUUCAGAUUUUUAUAAGGCAGCUCACAAUAUACAGGUAGCUCCAAACAGAGAGCAAGUAAGAAAUGGCCACAUUUCAUGAACUGUGGAAUUUGACAUCCAGUGCCUAGUUUCUGAGGCUCCCAAAGUGUGCUGCAACAUUUUAGAUAUGGGUGUGGUCAUUAUAGAGUAAACUGUAGAUGACGACGAUCCUAUAUUGUCAGAUUUGUAUAUGGAAGAGAAGGCUAUUGUAAUCUCACCCAUAUCCUACAAGUGUAAGUUUCCUUCAAGCAAAUGGUGUCCUGAUGCAAUCUAGUUGCAGAGUCUGGGGUAUUGGGUGGGCUUGGGGGUUAGUUGGAGCAGGGGAGGGAAGGAUUUGUUCUCAAUCAGUUAUCUGAAUACACCUUCACAUCUGGCGAGUAGAAAUGUGGUGGUCUUUCUCCCCCUUCCCUGAGCUGCUUAGUUCCAGGCCCAGGUGCAGUGGAACCAUUGGGGUGGGGCAUGCACACAAAGAAGGCACAAGAAACCAGUAUUGGCAUCAAAUAAGGGGACAGCUUUUAUUGAUUACAGAUUGUUGAUGGAUAGCAGGGGUUGGCCAUUGUCAGAGGUCACCCUAUGAUGUGCACUAUUCCAAUAAAUCAUCUCUGGUUACUGGCUGGGGAUGCUAAGCCCCUGAGAUGGGCAUCUGGACAUGAAGCACACCCCCCCCAAAUUCUAGAAAUUAAGCUUUGGUCCAAUCUCAUCCCACAGACACAGCUUCCUUGUGAAGUUGUCAGUACCCCAACAGUGCCCAUCACUCACAAUGUGCUGUGCUCCUCUUUGGGGGGAAAAGCAUCUGGGUCCAUUUAAAUUGCCCACACUGUCCCUGCGUGAUGGAACCAGAUGCUUGGCAAUGAAUUGGACAGAUAUGCCUAAAUCUAUUUUGUGUCAUUUUCAACAGCAGUCAGUCCUAUGUCAGUUUGUCUCAUUUUUUGCAGCCUUAAGAAAGGGGCGGGCAUGGAAAAAUCUGCAUGUGAACUGUAUGCAUUUUGUACACACAUAUCCUAUAAAAUACAUACAUUCAAUGCAUUUUCAGCAUAGGGAAUAUAUAUUUUAUGUGCACUUUUUAGGAGUGCAACUUUAGCACAAAAUCCACCAUGCAUAAUCUGGCAGUCAUAUUCCAAUCCACAAGCACAUUUGGGAAAAUUAAAUAAGGCCAGCCUACUGUGAAAAGAGGACGAACCCAAUUCCUCUCUGUAUCUAGUUGUGCACUGUCAUCAGGUAAGCUACAAGAGGCCCUCUGACAUCAGAGGGGCCCCGUCAGAAUAUACUUUUCACACAAACCUCCUCUAUCCUGAAUCCAGUCUUGAUUGCAUAACCAUCUCACCUAGUACUACAGCAGUCUGGGUUCUUUCUCAAUUUGGUUUAGAACUGCUUUGUUAAAAAUAUGAUUGAUGAUUGUCUCUUGUAUUCUCGGCUAUUUUAGGAAAGAGCUGGAGACUUCCGAGCACUUCGAGCAAAAUUUCAGAAUGAUUCCAAUUUUUCCAGUGCAUUGAUCCAGCCUGUAAAGAGCCUUCCUGCAGAAACCCUCCCUCGUCAAAAUACCGAUGGCAGUCCUGCAUCCCAUCCUAAACCCAAACCAUUGUGCCGACGACAAAUUCCAGAUCCUGAGCAAAAGACAGCGCCCUUCAGUUAUUUAUCGCAGAAGUCUGAAAUAGUACAAAUCAAGCCUGUCGUGCUACCAAGGGCCCGGCUUCACGAAUUGCCUGAAGUCAGGAAGAAUGAAGAUAGAAAAAGCAAAGACAUUAUGGAGACAGUUUGUGCAAGAGUUGUACUGGUGGAAGAUUCACCAAAGCAACGUCCGGCAUCUUAUCAUUGCCUUCAAGAAACUGCACCGGCAAGCAAUUCUUUCCGCAAUACUCUGAACAUCUGGGAAAGUGCUUUGUUGCAGAGUGACAAAAAGGGCUCCGAGACUCCUCCUCAGCGGUCCAACAGAACAACGUCUCUUCCCCAGCCCAAAACUGUGAAUGUUGCUGUCACUCUAGAGGUUCCAGCAAAAUCAGCUGAAAAUGAGCAAGCAGUAGUGGUUUCUGCACCAAGCACCCCUUCUCGCCUACAGGUCGAACCCGUUCCAUUUCCCACAGUCUCGCCACCUGUUCCACCAAGAAAUCAUACAAGCUCAGAGACACUGGCCCACAGUGCCAUUAGAGUUGCUGAUCCCCCCCAAGAUGCUAAUGACUUAGACAGGCCAAGCAAGACCUCGCAAUGCUCAAACGGUAAGCCAUGUUACCUGACUAUAUUUUGUAGCCCUAAGUCAGUAGUGGACAACAAUACUUUUGUGUUAAAGAACUUGCCUAUGAUGUUUCUAGUAUCUGGCUAAAAGCCAGUCAGUUCAGGAUAAUGUGAGUAGGUUUUCUUUACUUCCUAGACUUUCAGAAGAGAACAUGAAAUGCACAUGGGUAGUUCCUACAUUGUUUUGAGCAAAAAAUACCCUCGCCGCUUAAUUUUUCAGAAGGUGUGGCAUGAAGAAGGGUAGGUGUCCAGCUGUGUUGUUUCAAAAAAACUCUGGAGAAAUGUUUAAAAUGUAUUUUUGAUCAAUCUUCACAACUGGAGAGGGUUUGCAGUAAAAUAAACUGAGACGCUGCUAGGUUAUUUUAAUCAGUAGCCCCUCUUAUAAUUGCACAAUAAGGGCAAUGAUAAGUGAACUCUUUCUUCCUCCUAAUAAUCACCUGGUACUUGCAGGCACUGUGUAAACAAUUGGCAAUCUGAAUGCAUUCCUUAUUUCUGCAAUUUGACCAGUUCCCUGAAGUGAAUGUACCUAGCUGCUAAUCAAUGUCCAUUCUUUAUAAAUAUUAACACUUGUCUGCUGUCAUGGUAACUUUGGAGUAGACGUUUUGGGCCAGACCAGUACUUGGGAGUCCAACAUUAAGGCUGAAACUAAUCUUUGCAUUGCCUUUUUGCUAAUUGAAGAAGAAGAAAAAACCUCCAGCCAGGAAGCUUCUGGUUUGACAUGCUGUCUUUACAAAAUCCAGGACCAAUGCCAACUACGAAAAACAUCUUUUUUCUUUCUUUACUGGAACAAGCUGCCUUACAGGAACUUAGCAUUCAGCAGCUGUUUUGCCAACUUACAAUGAAUUGCAGGUGACUAAUCAGAUAAGGUGUGUGUGUGUUCCAGGAUGCUGCUCUGGCUAACCUUUCUGUGCACUUUGCCAGCUUUGUACCAUGCCAAAGGGCUCUUCCUAUUAGUCAUGAGUGCAGUUUAAAUUGUUGCUAUGUGACAGAACGGUAUAUUUGCCAAUAUGCACAGGUUUCCUUUUCUGAUGGCUUUGACAUGUAGAGCAAGGUGGUCCACAGAGACCCCCAGGAAGCCUAUUACUUACACAGCCCUACUCUAUUGGACUCCUAUAGGUCAGUGAAUGACAAACUCUGUAAUUACUCUUGCCUACUGGGUUACAACUCUGCCAAGCAUGCUCUGACAGGUGGGAAGGAAGUUCAGGCUUGUGGUUAGAAUCCCUGUAGCUGGGUGAAUUUUUCCUUUCUUUCUCAAAAGAGCAAUUAAUUUUGUGAAUGCCGUGUCUUGCAUCCAGGUUGUCGGUUCCCCCACUUGAGAAAAAUAAUAAUAAUAAUCCAAUAUCUGCUGUGUGUGCACCUAAGCAAUCAAGAACCCGUUUCGACAGCCAAAGUGUCAAUGUAUGUCAAUUCCAUCAUUUUGAUAGGGGCAACUGUAUCUGCCAAAACUUGAAAAAAGGAACACCAUGAUUUUUGUUUGGUCUGUUUCACUCGGUGCUUUUUUUCUGGGGGGUAUGCAGGGGUACACAUACCCCUAAACAUUUUAUGAACCUAAGUUUAACCUCAUUGAGGGGCAGUAUUUCAAUAUGAGUAGGGGGAAAAGAGUACCUCUAAACAUUUUUUUUAGAAGAAGAAAAAAGCACUAGUUUGACCCAUUGCAAAAUUCCAGCAUGGAAGUUCAUUCUCCCUACCAAAGCAUUAAUAUGGUUUCUUCCCUCUGUUACAGAAAGAUGGCAUGAGGUUGAAAAAAGCCCAAAGCCCAAACCACUUCCUUCCAUUAUUUCACUUGGUCCUCCUCCAAAGAAACCACCAAGGCCUCCGAAUGUCGACCUUGGUCCCUUCCAGAAGAACAUUCCAGGUAAGGCAUUCUCUGUUUGGAUUUUAGGCAUUGUUAAAGCAAUGGCUGGUGGAUGCUGACAAGAAAUUGAGAUAAUUUCCAGUCAAGAACAGGAAGGAGCACUUAUCUCAAAUGCAUGUCUUGGUGACCGAGAGGGAGUGUAUACAUGGUUGGGCGGGCUACUUUGAACAAGAAGAGGCAUGAUUUUUGUGUAUAUGCAUCCCAUCACUUGGUGGCUCUUGGUGGGAGUCAACCUAACCUACCCCUAGGUAUGCCCUUGGGGACAAACGGAAGUGUAGACAAGCUCAAAGUCUGGAAUCAAUCCUGUCCAUUUACUGCCUUGGUUGUCUUCUCCACUGCAACAGGCUUGUUUGAAUUCAACUUCUUCUGGGACUCUUGCUAGGAUCAAGGAAUGGAACCACCAGGACACUACAUCACUAAAUUUCACUCUGGCAUACUGUGUGGUUGCAGUUAUUGUUUCCUUUACAUUACAAAAAUUUGUUUUCAGAUGCUGUGGAUGACGCCUACAUGACUCCUGAAACGUAAGUGCACCUCUCUUUAUGUUGCCUGAAAAUCUAGACUCUUAAGCUCUCUAGAUGUUGUUAGACUCCAACUUCCAGCAGCUCCAGUCUGUGUGAUCAGUGAUCAGGGGUGGUGGGAGUUGUAGUCCAACCACAUCUGAAAGGCCACAGUUUCCCCAUCCCUGCUUCAAGAAAGAAUCACUAACUCUCUGGAAACCAGUAAUGCAAGUUGUUUCAUAUUCAAAACCAAAUAGCUAACACAGGAAUCUGGCAAAAGAGACUUCAUUUCAUGUACUUUCUUCACUUUUCCUAUUACAAGACUACAGACCCAGUUCUGCCUCAUUCUCUUUUACAUCUAGCUGUCUUUUGCUGGUACUCCUUUGAACCUGUGGUGAACGUAAACGUAUGUCUCUGUGCAGCGAUGUACUUGCUUUUCCUCCCUCUUUAAAGAGAUCUGCUCCCACACAGUGUUUUCCCUAUCUCUUCCUUCUCUCUGGCUUGACAUUUCUGAAGUUAGAAGCUUUGAGGCCUGUUCCUGUAAACACACACAAGCUAGUUUAAUCCGCAGGUGCUGAGCACUAACUUUUAUUGUUAUCGCUGGCUGUCAGCAGGCGAGAGUUUUGAUUGCAUUUGCUAAUGUUUAGGCAGCAAGCGUGGGCUUAAGCUGCAUAAGUUGUUGUCUGGUGGCCUUUGUUUAGACAGCCUUUCGAGAACGGCUUGUGUUUUUGGACCUUUCUCUCUGUGUGUAUGUGUGUCUUGGAUAUCUGGUGCUGUGGGGAGCAGAUAAAAUGUGCCAAAAGUAAAUCUAUACUGCUUGUAUCAGUUCGGCAAGAUGUGUGAGCUGGUGAAUAAACUGGGGGAUUGACUGCAGUGACAUCUUGCAGCUUUGCUGAGGUUGGAGAGAUGUGCUUCAACUUAGCCGGACUCAGCUCGGAGGAAAGACAAGUACCCAAGACCUAACAGUUGCAUUCACACACCACACAUUGCUUCUCUGUACAGUGGUACUUCUGGAUAUGCACACCUCUGGUUGCGUAUCCUUCAAGAUGCAAAUGUGGCAAACCUGGAAGUAUUUUUCUGGGUUUCGCCGCUCUCGCAUGUGCAGAAGUGCUCUACCGCCAUGCGCGCAUGCGCAGAAGCAGUCCCUUCAGUUGCGGAGACCUCAGGAGCUCCGGAACAAAUCUCGUCUGCAACCGGAGGUACUACUGUAUAGGAUCCUGGGAACUGUAGCCUAUGCCUCACAAAGCUGCAAUUCCCAGCACCCUUAACAAAAUGCUGUUCCUAGGGUUCUUUGGAGAAUGGUGUGGACUUUAAAUGUAAGAUGUAUAUGCAAAGGGAUGAGUGGACGUUAGUCCCAGGCAGGUUGCCAUUUAGCAACUGGUUCAGUUUCCAUAGAAGCCUGGUUUUAUUAGUUGGGUUAAUGUAUACAUCAGAAACGCUAUCCUGGGCAACAAAAGUAUCUUUUAAAAAAGACAAAUGUUGGAUGUAAGAUUGCAAGCAUUCCUGGCACCUGGUUGAAUAUUUGGCAGCUUCUUGUCUUUGGCCCAGCUGACCAUCUGCAAACCUAACACUGUAAUACUUACACACAACAAGAUCAUGUUGGCAAUACUACUUCAUUGAUAAACAAGCUGAGCCGCCUGCUUUGGGACCUGUGCACAACACAUUUGGCUCUGUCGAGUCCAUCUUUUGAGAUGAUUUAUGGAGAAAUCAGUCAACAAAUGUGCUCCUGGCUUGAUGAGAUAGAGUCAGGGUAUUUUUACCCCUGGGUAGCUGGCAGAUUCAUUCAUUUGCUUGUUUCAGUUUAAUAGCAUGCUCUUUAAAAAUAUGCCACUAAAUGUGGUUUAUUGUUGUUUAUUAGCAUUUGUUAACAGUAUGUUGGGAAACUAGCCCUCAGCAGGAGACAGGAGGUUGACUUGCCCCAUUGGCACUGAACCACAGGAGAUGCUCCCUAGUCAUUGAUGUCAUCCUGCUUGCACCUUUAAUGAAGCAACCCCAGAAACUUCUCUAAGGCUGCCCUUUGGGCCAGUUUUCUCUCCAAUGCCUUCUGCUGCACUUACCCCUUUCUAUGUCCCAACAGUGCUCCAAAUGUCUGGCAAACAAAGUUUAGUCUUUAUAUGCAGGGCUGUAUAGGCAGCCAGUAAGUAAGGUCCAGGGCCCAGUCUCUUAAUAGAUACGUGUUUUAGAAGUUUUUUGCUGUGUUAUGCCUGCAGUUCUUAAUAUUUCAGAACUUACAGGGCAGUCAUCUCCUGUUGUUACAUAUUCAUUCUCUCUCUCUCUCUCUCUCUCUCUCUCUCUCUCUCUCUCUCCCUCUCCCUCUCUCCCUCUCUCGCUAAGCUUGUAUGGUUCUGGUCAGCAUCUGGAUAGGAACUUUAAAGUCUGUCACUCUGUGUCUUUUUGAGGAAGGCACCUCUUCAGAGAGAUUCUAAUCCGUUCAUCUUCCCCAAGAGAGUCUACAAAACAAUAAUGCUUUCCCCUCCUCAUUUCUCUUAGUCCUGAAACAGAAGAACUAGGCACUUAUGAAGAAACAAUGUCCUACCUGAAGCUUCCAGAGAGUUCCACCAAUGCUGCUCAAGAAAUCACACAUCGUAAGUCUAUUAACAGUUGGUAUGCUUAUGCCAUGCAUGCUGUGUGGGCAGGCUUGGUACUGAUGGUUGGCCAGGUCAGGCACCAGCUGGACCUUGCUGCACUGACAUUCCCCAUCUUCCUCUUCAAGUUCCCAGAUACUUUUAAGGAGUGGGAGGGAGUGCCACUUUUGAAUGGGAGCCAAGUUGAGUUCUGAUCUGUGGUGGCCAUAUGCCAUUUAAAGUUACUCAAAAGUCAUUGCUUCUGCUUAUUAUUAUUAUUAUUAUUUUAUUAAUACCCUGCCCAUCUGGACGGCUUCCACCAUACAUAAAAACAUAAUAAAACAUCAAACAAUAAAAACUUUUCAAUAGCUGCCUUCAGAUGUCUUCUGAAAGUUGUUUAGGAUGAGUUUGGUUAGUGUUGCAGUGAACCACCUUUGAAAAGUUAGCUAUCCUCACACAACAAAAAACUCCUGGCUCUGCUUUGUCUGAAAUUCUUUGGUCUCUUGGUUUUGGGUACCUGGUGUCACAGUUCCUUAUCCCUUGCUUGUUAACCUUUAACCCGUCUUUCUAGCUUUCUUCCCCUUCUCCCCCUUUUUAACCUUUUAUCUUUAUACCUUUAUGGAAAAUCUCAAACACUUCACUUGCGUAAAUUUUGAACCUGUCAAUUAUCAGGGUUUGAAUGCGGGUGACAAUAAACUAUAUCUCUAAUUAUACAAAUAAUGCAUGGAGUCUUGCAUGUGUAACUGUCAUUUAACAAUAAAUAAAUCUAGGACGCCUUUUGGUAUACUAGGCUGCAGUUAUAUUGUGGGAUGGUUCCAUAGCUUAUAGCAGCCCAGGUGAGAAAAGUUGGGUAACCUACCAUUGCAGCUUAAACUCCAUAUUAUGAUUAGUGGCUUUAAUAAUAUUAAAUGAAAUGAAGAUGGAACAUACUAAUUUUUACAAAAAUAUUUACUCUAGCUUCCAAGGCUGGGAAAAAUGAGAAUAUUGAGGUAUGUAUUCUCAAACUAUGGUAAGUGUGAUGUACAAAAUCAGAGCACAUGAAGGGAGGGGAAGUAGGGAGUGUGUGAGCACAGGGCUCAUAUACCUAGCUCCAAAUCAUGGUGUUGCAUCUGAUGUAAAAAUGGUUCUGUAACUGAUUGGUCCUAUAAUACUGAACACUAUAUAUAACACUGACCAACUGAUAUGCCAUCACUCCUUUUCACCCCCAUUUCAACAGGUGAACAUAUUACCCUACUUAAAUGGGCAUAGUCACAACAUGGGAGGUUUAGUACAGAGCUGAAGCUGCCUGUGACAUUUUUAAAAUCUUUUGCUAAGAGACCUGGCGACAUGCUUCAUCUAUGUAAAUGAAGAACACUGCCUGGGAUCCAAAGGCCCACACACUGUCUUGCACAUGGGGGCUUUUCAGCCAUGCAUUUCUCACCAGCUGAUUGCCUCCCUCUGUGCAAACCCUUCGGAGUGGCAGACCCUCUGGAAUGCCCGUCAGUUUGUUGUCAGGGACUUAGUCAAGAAGGGAAAAUUGGCAGGCAUGCACACCUCUGUACGCACAUGGAAACACACUGUAAUUUAGCGUCGUCUUUGGAUUCUGGCCAUGUUUCAUAUUAAGUAUGUGAAAGAACAGACGUAGAUCAAGAUAUUUCUUGAGUAAACAUGUUGCUUCAAGACAAACAACACCGCAUUGUUGCCUGAUUGACCUGACUUUUCAGGCUGUGAAAGCUGAAGUUCUCUUCUUUGUGUUUUGCACAGAAACAAAGUUUUCUCCUUGCCGCACCUAGGUAAGUGUACUUUCUGGAGUUUCAUUUUAUAUUUUUGCCCUUGCUUUCUUAAAGUAAGAUACCUGGAGCAACUGGAUUUUAAUUAUUGAUUUAUUUGACUUAAAAGUGAAGCUGAAUGAAUAAGGAAGGUCUAUCUGUAAAUGUGUGUGAAUUUAGAACCUAGGCCUACAUAUCACCAAACAUUCUGUAGUGUAUCCAGGAAGGUAAAGGAGUUAGGCAGUGACCUUGGUGUAACACUACAUUUCAUCUUUUAUUUCCUGAAAGGAACCAUUGUACCUUUAUUGUUUGACCAGCCAUCUAAACAUUUUCCUGAUCUCUGUGCCAAGUAGUGCUAGUCAUAGAAUUGUGGAGUUGGAAGGGACCCUGGGGGUCAUUUAGUCCAGCCCCCUGGAAUGCAGGAAUUUCAACUAAAGCACCCCUGGCGGAUGGCCAUCCAACCUCUGCUUAAAAAAUUCUAAAGAAUGAGAGUCCUGUUGGGCUGUGUAUGUGAUAAAGGGGAGCCAUACCGGGGUGAAGGCGUCUUCUUCUGUUUGUCCCCGUGUCAGUUUCAGUUUAUUAGUUAAUUAGGAACACAAGUGAACAACACAAGCAACGCUGACACCAAACUCUACAUACAUUAAACAUAAUAGAAACACCGCCACCCGACCCCACCCCCAUCCAUCUUCCCUCUCUCCACCCCCCCUUUCUUUUUUCUUUCUUUUUUCUUCUCCCCCUAAUGCCUCAACAAAUGAAACGGAUUUGUAAAAAUGUUAUAUGAAAAAAAAAAUAUGAGGCACUACACUUCUGUAAAACAAGAAAAUCCUUAAUAAAAUAUUUAAAAAAAAAAAAAGAAUGAGAGUCCACCACCUUCUGAGGGACUCCUUUCCACUGUCAAACAGCUCUUACUGUCAGAAGUUCUUCCUGUUGUUUAAUCAGAAUCUUGUAUUUUGUACCUUGAAUCUAUUAGUUCAAGUCCUAUCCUCCAGAGCAGGAGGAAACAAGCUUGCUCCAUCUUCCACGUGACAGCCCUUUAGAUAUUUGAAGAUGGCUAUCAUAUCUCCUCUUGGUUGUCUCUUUACCAGGCUAAACAUACCCAGUUCCCUCAACCGUUCCUCAUAAGGCUCGGUUUCCAGACCCUUCACCAUCUUGGUUGCCCUCCUCUGCACAUGUUCCAGCUUGUCAAUAGCCUUAUAUUGUGGCACCCAAUAUCAUUCCAAUAACAGCCUCAUUAUAACAAUGCCAAUUUUAUCCAAUUAAUACAAUUAUUAAAACCAAUUAUUUAUAUACUGAAUUAUACAAUUAAGUUAAAGUGGCCUCCUCAUGUGCUAGAUUUGAUGGGUUCCUUUUUUUAUUAUUUUCUGUGUUCCAAAAUCUUAACAAUUUCCAUUACAUCCCCUUCAAGAUAAUAAUCCCUUAUACAACAGCUAUAAUCUCAUGGUUUCACUUCAUAUUGAUUAAUAAGUAAUUUAUAAAGUUUCAAGUGAGUUACUCAGUUUGUAAUCAUUGUUCUUUUCUGUGUGUGGUAUUCCCCACCCCCACCCUGUGAUGUUGUCCCAACCAUAUAUGGUGUUGUGUCCUUCAUUCUUCCAACUGUUGAUAUUUCCCAUCAUGACUCGAGGGAAGCAGUUAUCUCAGUUUUCCAAAAGCCUCUGUGUCACUUCAUCCCAUGAUUCAAGAGCUUGUUAGAGAUCCCUCUGUUCCAACAAAUAAACUGUCCUUGCCAUUUUUUUCAACCUAGGAAGAGUGGUCUGAUUCCAAAGUCCAGUGAUUAAUAUGGAGACCUCUGACCUUGCAGCUGGCAGACUCCUUUCUUCCUAUCAGCUGAACAUUUAUAGCCAGUUAUCCUUCCAGUUAGAUUACAUUCAUAAUUGUCUCAGUCUCCUUCACUUUCCUUUGAAAAUAAUGGAGAGUAGGGGAGUUUUCUUUCUAUAUUCCAACAUAGUCCUUUCAAAGAGUGAAACUUCCCUCCCUUUCUCUCUCCCUCCAUUCCACUCAUACACGCAGUUCCAGUUUGAUGCUAAAUUCCAUUAUAUUAAUCCAGUUCCUUUCAAUCUCACAUUUUGUAUUAUAUUUUAAUGUUGCAUUCCAAAGAGGGUUGCCAAAUCAGAAAUGUAGAAGAAAAACUUUGAAGAAACAACUAUGGAGUCCCCUCCCCCCACUGUCUCUGGCACUGAAUGAAACCUUAUCUCAAUUCCAGCCUUUAAAUCCUUGCAGCCGAAAUGUUCCGCAGUUUGUCAUCUCAUUGCUCCUAGCACGCGCCUGUACUUUACUCCAAUUAAAGCCCAAUUAGCAGGAUAUCCUCUGUUUCCAGGAAUGGAUUGGGGGGGGGGAGUCACGGCAGUCAGAGUGCUCCAUGCACCCAGUGCCUUUGCCUGCCCUCGCAUUCCAUAGGGAGUGCCAGACUGCAGGGCAAUCCACAGGUGAAAGCCCAUACCUCUCCCACCUAGAGAGGAAUUCAAAGAAUGAGUUUUCCCCAUCAUUCUUUGUUUAUCUCUGUCUGUAUCUCCCUGAGAUGUCAAGAAAACCUCCAUUCCUGGCACAGGCAGAAACAGGAAGCCUGGGUCAUAGUAUUCAAAUUAUCCUUUUCUAAAUGCUCACAGACCAACUGUUCUAGGACCUUUCCUGGAAUCAAUGUCAAGCUCUCCGGUCAGUAGUUACCUGGGUCUUCUUUUCCCCCUUUUUGAAGAAAGGGACAAUAUUUACCUGCCUCCAGACUUUAAGGAUCUCAACUGUUCUCCAAGAAUUCUCAAAGAUUAUAGACAGAGGCUCUGAGAUUACACCCACAAGCUCCUUUAGUACCCUUGGGUACCCUUUAGUACCCAUCAGGCCCUGGAGAUUUGACUUUAAAGGAGCUAGGUGUUCCCUAACCACCUCCUUUCAUAUCUUGGGCUGCAGCGUCCUCCUUGCAUCAUUUAUUCAGUUACCUCUAGGUUGGGCACUGCGCGUUCUUUCUCUUGUUUCAAAUCUAGCCAAAGAAACUGUUAUUAUUAUUUUUAACCUCUUUUGCAAACCUAAGAUAAUUCUGAGCUUUGGUCUGCCCAACCAUCUCCCUGCAACUGUUGGCUACUUAUGUACACUCUUCCUUCAUGGUUUUCCCUUUCUUCCAUUUCUUACACAUUCGUUUCUUACAUCUCAGCUUAUCUGAAUGCUCCUUAUGCAGCCACACGUCUCUCAUUUUUCUUUCUUGUUGGAAUUUUGAAGGCCCUUGUGCCUUCAAUAUUUCACCUUUAAGAAUCUCCCAUCCAUUUUGGACUCCUUCUCUUUCAGCAUUUCUGACCAUGGGACUUCGAUCCGUAGUUACUUAAGCUUUUUGAAAUCAGCCUUCUUAUUUAUUUUUUUAAAAUGAUAUUUAUUGAAAAUUUUUCAAAUUACAAAAAAAGACAAAGCAGAGAAAGAAAAAAGAAAAAACAGAAAAGGAGGGGAAAAAGCAAACCACAUCCAACAAUACAAAUUCAAAAAAACAAAAAUACACCACAAACAUACAAAAAUAAAACCAACCUUCUCAAAUCUUCAACUUUCAUUACCUUCUUUCUUUGACCUCCUCCUCCUCCCUUUUUUUGUAUCCCAGUUAUUAAUUAUCGCAGCAAAUCCUUUCCAUAAUUCGUAAUAUUCCGUCAUUACAUUACCUUGAUCUAUUUUCAUCUUAUCUUAUAAAAAACCUUAAAACUUAAAUCUUAUUUUUACACACUUCAAGUGAGAAGUGAAAUCAGCCUUCUUAAAGUCCAUAGUACAUGUCCAACUACAUUCAACUUUCUCCUAUCUGUGUAUAAUGAAACCCAAGAGAUCAUUAUCAUUUUCUCCCAAGGUUCCCUGUAGUUUCACCAUCGAUCAGUUCUUCCCUGUUGGUGAGGACCAGAUCCAAGAAAGGUGGUCCCCUUGUUGCUUUUUCCACCUUCUGUGCAAUGGUAUUGUCAGUGAGGCUAUUGAGGAAUUUGUUGGACUUUAUAUUAUUGGCAAAGUUUGAGUUUCAAUAGACAGCAGGGUAGCUGAUCAAUAGAUCAAUAGAAAUCAAAAGAUAUCAAUAGAUAUCAGGGCCCUGUGACAACUACAUCUUUCCUUUUGGAAUGUUUGGUAAGCUGCUCUAGACAUACUUGCAUGGCACAAAAAUAACAGUGGUGCCAAGUCACUGUAAAAAUGAUCCUCCCAAAUUUAAGCACAUUUGGUGGUAUUCAGGCAAGUUUUAAUUAGAGUAGCAACAUUGAUAUAGAUUAACAUGACUAAGUUAGAUCCAUUAAUUUCAGUUCGCCUACUCUGAGUAAAACUUGGUUUACUAUCGCUCAUUAAUUUCCAUCACUUUUGAACAAGUGAACUUGAUUGUCAGCAAUAGACAUAAGUGAGAUCAACAAAGGCAGAACUGGCUUGACUGCGUCCACUGAUGAUGAUGGGCUUGCUGGUUCCUUUUUGGGUGUGUGGCAGAUGUUGCUGGGGACAUUUAGAAGCCUCUUGCUGAGCCCCUGAUAAAAUCUGUUGCCAUGAGGGAGGCAAAUCAAAGGAGUAAUCUAUAGGUAUCUUCUGAGUUUGUUGGAGAACUGAAUAGAUUUCACCCUCAUUCUGUCAAAGAACUAGUUCACCUAAUGCAAAUCUGGAGCAUUAUAAAUUAAAAUAGGUUCUGUGAGUCAAAAUACACUGGUUAACAGCAUGAGGGAGCAAACCGCCUGCAGGCAAAAGUUUCUGUUUUUGCCCUCUAUGAGAUGCUGCUAUUUCAGUGCUAGAGCAUAUAGCCUAGAACAGGGGUUGGCAAGGUUUACCUCGCCUGGGCCGGUUCACUCCAGCGGAGAUCCCUCUGUGGGCUGGAUCAUGCAUGAGCAUGCACAACUUCUGGUGUCUGUGCAGACACGAUUUCUGGAGUCUGAGCAUGCACAGACACAAUUUCCGGCACUGCAGGAGCGAGUCCCUGUGCCACCCUGCGCUGGUUUAGUGCAGCGCGUGGGGACUCGUUAAGCGGGCGGCCUGGUUUGGGGGCAGCUCUUGGGCAGGUUAAAUGACCCCCAUGGGGUUGCCUACCCCUGGCCUAGAACAUGGCUAUGCUACAUAAUGAUGUGCAUGCAACCUUAUUGAACUGUCAAUGAGUUUUGUCUCCUAAUAAUGGACAAAGCAGAAUGAAACUACUGUGGAACACGUUACAGAGUUAGUCCACUUGAUUACUCAUCAGACUUUGUAUUUUCAUAUAUUUUUGUGAUUCAACUCAUUACCACCUGUUUUUAUCAAUCCUAAUUUUUACAGCUGAAACACUAGAAAAAUGGCAUUCUAUAGCAACUUAACCUGGGUGUUUCAGAGGCUAAUGCCUUUGUGAGGAAAAGACAGUGGUGGCUUUGACAGGUCACUGAAGGAGGUAUGCAUGUGUGAGCAAGGGCCAACAGCAAAAGGAGUAGCUGCCACAAGAAGGCCCAGUGGGGUAUUAGCCGAAUAGCAGGUGAUAAGACAGCACAGCAGUUCAAACAAACUAUAUGGAUUGUUUUGAAAGUUGUAAGAUAAAUGUAAACUCCAGUACACAGCUACUCUAGGGAAUAUGUAUGACUCUUGAUCAUUCCCACCAUUUUGCAGUCCAGACAAAAUUCCCAAGCAGGAAUGUAUAUAUAUUAUACUGAAUAGGACUGAAAAUAUAUGUAUAGUAGUCUUAUUCUAAAGCUACCUUAGAUGUCCACUGAAAUAUAUUUUGGAUCUGUGUUAAUGCAGAUUACAUUUAUAAUAUUGUGGCAUGAGUUAAAAUAUAUGUUGAAAUUUCAGCUCUAAAAGAGAGGACACAGAAGAGAGAGGACCACCCUGGAAUCAUGAAACGACAAAACGCCAACAAGCUAAAGAAUCAGGCAAGGUAUAUUUAAAUAGAAGCACAUAAGAGAAUACCCUGUGGUGGUUCUACUCUUUUAGGCCUUAAAGUACAUGUGCAUAGCAAACAUCAAGUAUGACUCUUUAAAAUUAGUCAGUGGAAAUGCUGAUGAUCUUUCGUUAGGAAUAACCAUAGUGGACCCCAACCUUUUCCAUAUUCCCUUUAUGUUAGUCUGUAGAGCAACCACUACCAUCAGAUGAUUUCUCAAACCUUCUCACAGCCUUGAUUUCCAAACUGGAAGAAAGGUGGGAUGCAAACAUGCACAGAUAAUGAUGGUCAUGUCAUUGUUUGAUAUAGCAAGAAUCGGGGAAGGAAUGUCUUGAAAAGGCUAUAACCUGAGUUUCACAAUGUUUACUGUUAGAUUUGUGCCCCAGGAGCUAUGCUCGCUAAACCAAAAAUCACUGGAGAAUAUAGAGGUGAGAAGGGCAUACUUCAAGAGGAGACAACACCAUCUUUCCCUAGGGUACAGCUGGCAAAAGAUGGAAACGGUGAGUUACUUCUUGCUACUACUUUAAUUUAAUCUGAGUUCAGUACGGUUUACACUGUGCAGUUACAGCCCCCUGGGAAAUAUGGAGAUGAUGAUUCUGGUAUUGUCUUAUGGGGUUGUUGUAACAAUCACAGCUAGAUAAUUCAUGCUUUAAUUGCUCCAUAAGGUGCAAUAUGUAUUUUUUCCAUGAGAACAGUUGGAGAAGAACCCAGAACUUAUAUUAAACAGAUAAAUGGGGUACAUGACUGCAACUCCCCCCCCAUCAGGUUUGUCUGAUCAGCUAAGAAUAGAACAAGACCUUGUUUUCUAAAUUAUUCCAGUCCUGCUGUGCAAUGACUUUAGUUUGAGCUUGUCUUGUCACUCAAACAAUGAGCCCCCUCUCUCUUAUGCAUGCGGAUUCUCUUGGCAAAAAGUUGGUGCUGCCUUUAAAUGUUGUGAUGACACGUGUGCUGUUUGUGAAUCUUUUCUGACAGCUUCCCUAAUGUAACCUGUUCUGCUUUCAAAUAUAAAAGAGCCUCGCCACAGUGUUUGUGAGCUGGAAGCUGGGCUCGCUUCAUGCUGUUACAUCUCUUCCAAGUAUAAACACUGCUGUGUUAAAGCUUAAUCCAGCCGUUAGAUGCAUUUGCGACUCCCACAGAAAGCCAUUAGCCUGCCUCAGCAGGGUUGGUAUGAUAGUGGAGAGAAAACAGAAUGGAAUAGUUUGGGUGGGUGUGGGUAGGGUUUGAAUGUUCAAAGGCCAAAUGCGGCUCUACCUGAAGAAGAUGAAUGGGGAAACGCUUUCAAAUAAUGUUGCUCUCCCUUUCAAGGAAAAUAUGAAACACAUCCUUUUCCCAGUUUGUUAUCAUCAUUUCAAUUCUUUUCAAGUUGCUAUCUUCCAGAGAACGACAUUGUUGGAUUAAAAACUUGGAAACUAAAGAAUGCACCUUUUCUUUCUUUUCAUAAUAAAUGACCUCUUGUUGAGUGUUAUCUGCCCCAGUAGUUCUCAACCUUUACAAGUAUUGAAUAUGCCCUCCAUGCUAAUUGUCACCAUUUUAGGCUCUUUUAAUUGAAAUAACACAUAAUGGCAAACAACUGUUAUGACCUCAAUAAUGCUUUUAAAUUAAUUUGUAAAUGUGCCAAAAUCAAACGAAGUGGCAAAAAAUAUUUCUUUAUUCCCCCAAUGUACCCCACCAAUUAUCAAUUCAAGCAAUUAAUUCUAAGAGGUAUUCAAUGCAAACUUCUUCAUAACUCUAAAUUCAUUCAUUUCCCCAAUGUACCCACCAAUCAACCCUAUUAAUCAAUUGCUAAAGGUAUGGAAGAUAUUUUUACUUAUAAAAUAUCAUUUCCCCAGUAGACCCAAUGAUAAACCAACUAAUCAAUCAAAUUACAACUAAAUACAAAUUUAUUUAUAUCCAACUGAACUUAAAUGCAAUCCAUUUGAAGUAAUCCUCGAAUUAAAAUGCAAACUUUCAUAGUUACAAAUGUAGCAUAUUCUGUACAGAAUCAGAACCAUCAUUUGUAUACUCCAGUGAAAUCCCUAAUCUCUGUAAAUAAAGCUAUUUAUAUAUACAGUUCAUGUAAUAAUCUGUUAUAUAUAUUUAUUAUUUUAUUUAUUUUCAUUUUUUAAAAUAAGCUAGUAGGCAUGAGUAGCAAAUCCUAAAACAGCCUCCAAAGAUCUGCCCCUAAAACUUACCUCAUCCAGGCCCCCACCCAAGAAUUAGGCAACCCACAUCCAUAGAAUUUAUUCCUACAGAGCACCAGAAAUACUCCCUGAUAAUGCCAAAACUCAGGCGCCCGAAUGAAAUCAGUAAUUAGGAUGAAUGAAGACAAUCAGUGGUCCACAGUAAGUAGUCCACUAAAAUCCAAUGAAGGGCCUUCAAGCCACCAUGCCAUGUAUUCUACCUCCCGCCAAUAAGCCCUAUGUGUAGUGCAGUAUCAAAGUCCAGAAAAACCUAGGCACAACACACCUCUGCAGACAAACCAGCAGAAGCAUGGAGGGCAAGGUCAAAACUCACUGUUUCCAUGCCUUGCCACCACUUGUUCUUUUAAAUGCACCUCACACUAAGUACCAACCAAGAAAUAACAGCAGGGAAACCAGGCAAAAGCCACUCAGUGGCAAUCUUGUGCUUGCCAAUGGUCAUAAAUACCUCAGCGAUAACCCAGCGCUCCUAGAGAUGCCACUGUGAAGCAGAAGAGGAAAGCAGAGGAAAUGAUCGAGCCGUUUAGAGGAACAUUCUUUGUGGAUGGACCCCUUGGGUAACUCCACAUCCCUUCCCAGUGGCCAGUGUCUCCCAGGUUGGGAACCACUGAUCUACACAUCCAUCCUCAAGGUUGUGCUUUUGUUGUUGUUGCUACCUCAGAUCCCACCCAAAGUCACCCUUUUGAUUAGCUACUGUAACAUUAUGGUCAAACCUUAGGAGAGAAAUGAGAUACAAAACUGGAUGUUGUUGAACAUCAGUAUGCUGUAGCUUCUCAAGCACUAUUGAGUCCUAAGAAGGCUGGAAGCAUAGCAGGCAGUAAGGACUGAGAAUGUUGGUUGGCUGUAGAUUUUUGAGGCAUGCGUGGAGAGGCUGAUACACUCAUGGUAGUCCUACCUGAGAAACGCAGGAUUCUGCUUUGCGAUUUCAGCAUUAAGAAGUUUAGGUAAUGCAUCAAUUUUGUAUAGGCUCGGGAAAGCUUGUAAGCAGGAAUAUUGCUCUAGUUUCAGAUGAUUAUGUGUGCCUGGAAGCUUUGAAAACAGAUGAAGAGAAUUCAGGUCUGGCUCCAAGGACUCCCAAAGUGGUGCAAGUUCAUGAGGAAGUGUAUGAUGACGUGGAAGGAAUACAGAGAGAAUUGUGAGUACUAACAGAGUGUCCAGGUGUAGAUGUAAGUUUUGGAAAUGUCUUUCGAAAUCUGAAGCACAUAUUCAUCACAACUCUUUUUAAAAUUGUUUCUGUUGCAGUCAAACUUCUGAUGCCCACAGCUCACUGACUUCAGAGACCUGUAAGUGUGAAAGUAACACCAUCCUUUUUCUUAAAAAAAAUAAAAAUUAAAUUAUAAAACAAGUAUAACAAGGGUUAUAAUAGAGAAGUGGAAAUAGCGUGCAUAGAAUGCUUUUUAAAAAGCAUUAUAAUCCUAGUUCAGAACACCUUUGCCAAUCCAAAUUUGUGGUCUCCUGAUAACCUCUAGUUGAUGAGUAAUGUACAAAAUAGGAAUUGGUGUUCAGUCUUUUUUCUUAUUGUACAGGGUAUAACCCUCUAGGAAUCAGAAAUAACGCUUUCUUCUCCAUCCAUUAAAUCUGUUGAGGUUGCAUGGCAGGGACGAGGGCCUUAUAGCCCUCCAGAUGUUGCUGGGACUACAACUCCCAGCUAUGCUGGCUAUGGCUCAUGGGAGUUUAGUCCAACAACAUCUAGGAAGACACAAGUUCUGCAUCCAUGCUGUAUGGAGUUGUUCUAAUGUGCCUUCCGAGUCUGAGGCAUGUCUAGUCCCCGCUAAUAGGAUGCAUGCUACAUUCUGCCAGAUCCCUUUGGGGCUGUCCCCAAUGUUUUCUUAAUCUGCUUAUGCACCUGUUCAGUGAUUUGAGAGGUUCUUGUUCACCCUUAUUUUGACGGGACCUUUAUUAUAUAGCUUUUUUGUAUUACUAUAGUUUUCUUACUAAAAGAGCUCAAGGCAGCAUACCUCCUACUCUUGUUUUCCCAAGUUAGGCCAAGUGAUCGUAUGGAUCCAUCACAAAAGAUUACUGAGUGACUUUGGGUCAGUUAUUAUCAUACUUUGAACAGGCCCACUGAAAUCAAUGGGGCUUAAAGUUAGUGGCUAACUGUCUCCAACUAUGCAUGAGUCAAACCCCUUGUGAGUGAGCAGAUUCAAUUUGCCUGCUUAACUAUAUUUGAAGCAACUGCAUUUAAAAUGUUCAGGGGUUAUAAUCGUACUGUCAGGGCCCUUUUAUGAGAGACUGAUUAGCCCACAAUAAUACUUAACAGCAGCCAUUCUGUGUGUGAUGGUGGAAGUCAUAGUUAUCCCUGUUUUUAAAAUGUGUCUUUAUGUUGAGGUUUAGUUGAGGGGAAAGUGCUAGUUUCUAAUCUGGUCUUCUGGUUCAGUUAUUUUAUAGACUUCUCUUUUUUUGCUCUGGGAGUAUAUGGGCUGUAUAGUAUUAGCAAAGCUUAUUAAAAUAAGUUGGUAUUUUAAAGACACUAGUUAAAGCACCAUAUAGGUAUAGCUCAUUUAACAUGUCCUCAUGUAGAGGUUUAUAGGUUGAAUAAUUCAAUGCUUAUUGACCUUCCAAUAGUGCCUUUCUUUUAUGUGGAAGUACUCCUGUGGGUUAUUCCCCUUGUAAGAUGUGCUGAAUUUGAAAUUCACUUGACCCUUCCUUCUCCUUCACAACAAUUUACAGGCAAUCCAUACACACACAGACACCAAUCUGCCAUGCUGGAAGGGGUUUGGAUGAGGCAGAGGUAUCCUUCCAUCCAGCCCUGCUCUGUCACUGCUUCUGAGGAGUGCCCCACUUCUCCAUACCCAAGCAGUAGGCAGGCAGAAGCUAUCACAGGUGGUAGAUAGUGGACUCCCCACCCCCAUGCCCAAACAAGGCAUUUCAGGGGAGAGGAUGGAGCAACAGGUCUGGCCCAGGUGUCUUUGCUUUACCAGUUGGGGAGCUCGUGCAGGGAAGAGGCAUUUUUCUUGCCCUCCAUUUGCCCUGGCCAACUUGAGCACCGUACAGGAAGCAACCAUUUUGCACAGGUGUCCCUGCACAUAAGCCCCCCUAUUCUGCUCUCCGCACCUCCGUUCUGCCCUCUCCCAGGCCCCAAAGGACCUGCAAGUCGGCGAUCGCGUAUCAGUUGGACACACAGAAAAUUCUUGCUGUCUAUCGUACUGUAGUAGCAAUGUGGAUGCAGCAGUGGCUGGCCACCGAGUUUGGAUUGCAGAGGGGGUUUCUGCUUAAGGCUUCAAAGAAAUACUUGUGCUAUGUUAAUAAGGUAUAAUAAAAGGUCUGUUGUACAUUAAACUUCGUUGCUACGUCCCUUAACAUCUCCGAGCAUUUGACUUUCUGUUCAGAUAAUAAUUCACUGCUGGGAAUUGUGUUUUUAAAGAGAUCUAAAUGUAUAUCAAGUUUCAGAGUAUGCCUGUGAAGAAACCUAUGAGGAUGUUCGAAGUGAAGGCUAUAGUUCAACCAAGUCAGAGUGAGUGCUUUUCCCCCUGUCUUUUACCUCAGAACUGGCAGCUUAAGUAGGUUUUCACACACUAUGAAGGCAAAAACCUAUGAAUUUUCACUUUUGAACACCAUUGGUGAAAAGGAAAGAUACUCAUUUAAAUAAAUAAAUAGUAUCUAGUAGUCCCUCAGAACACCCAUGUUCCAUUUAGACCUCUAUACCAUGAAUUUGUCUAAUCCCUUUCAAAUACCUCUUGUUAGUAGAAAUGACUAUAUAUUGUGGUAUUGAAUUCCAGACAUUAAUUACGAAUAUGCCGUGUUCAGAAUAAUUGCCUUUUGCUAGUCUUAACCUUAUUGCUAAUCAACUUCACAUUCAUAAAUGGUGAUAAAGGAUGAAUGUGCAUAACUUCCCAGUUCUGGGUUUAAUCUGAUUUUUUUAACCUUCUCUUUACCUAGUGAUGUCAAAGAAAAGUUAAAGGGACUUGGGAAAUUUUUCAAGAAAGGAAAAUUCAAAAUGAAGAAUUCACACUUAAAAGAGAAUUCGCGGUAUGUAGUCUUAAUUUAAAUCAACAGCUGCCCUUUAUCCUGAAAACAAAGUAAUUUUCCUUCAUUUACUAGCCGGCUUCAUGUGCAUGUGACUAUAAAGCUGCCUGGAACCCAGGACUGUGUCUGACUGAAAUGGUGUCAGCCCCCAAUUCUGGCAUUUGGAGAGAGGAAAGGGCAGCUGAUAAUGUCAAAUGCUUGCCAAUACUCAACAGAUAAUUACAUUUUAUCUAUUUUUGUAUUUCUUUGGGAUCAAAACACUGGGGAAUAUAGGAAGCUGGCUGAGACAGACCAUUACUCUAUCUAGUUCAGUAUUGCCUAUAGAAGUGUUUCCCAAACUUGGGCCUCCAGCUGGUUUUGGACUACAACUCCCAUCAGCCCUAGCCAUCAGGACCAGUGGUCAGGGAUGAUGGGAGUUGUAGUCCAAAAACAGUUGGAAACCCAUGUUUGGGAAACACUAGUCUAUACUGAUUGGCAGUAGCUCUCCAAGGCUUCAGACCAGAAUCUGUUCCAGCCCCACCGCAACAUGCUGGGGGACUGAACCAGGGACCUUCUGCACAUAGGGCAAAUGCUCUAGCUACAGACCUUCCCUCUCCCCACCCUUGCCAGGAGUCUCAAGAAAAUGAUUAUGUAACUUGUAAUUCCAGGAUCUGUUGUGCAACCUGCCAAAGGAAUUCUAACACCUUGAACAGUUGCUUCAUGCUCAGCUGCUCACUAGUGCUUGCAUACAUUUCAGCUGACUUCCUUCUGCAUCAGCCUCUCUGCAUAGCUGGCUCACCUUAGAAUAGUGUAGUCAUGUUAGGCUCUCCUCUUUGCCCAUUCUUCUUCCACUGGUCCUAUGAUCUUGUUGCUGCUCAAGUCAGUAGGAGCUCUAUUGGACAAAGCACCCCCAGGACUUUACAAAUGUAACUCUCUUAUAAUUGUGUACCUGCUGUUAGUUACAAAAUGGUGUUUGCCGUGAUGGAUAUAUGGAUACGUAAGGAUCCCAGUAGUGAUGUAUGGAAGUGAGAGCUGGACCAUAAAGAAGGCUGAUCGCCAAAGAAUCGAUGCUUUUGAAUUAUGAUGCUGGAGGAGACUCUUGAGAGUCCCAUGGACUUCAAGAAGAUCAAACCUAUCCAUUCUGAAGGAAAUCAGCCCUCAGUGCUCACUGGAAGGACAUAUCCUGAAGCUGAGGCUCCUGAAGAUCCUGAAGAUUGAGGGCACAAGGAGAAGGGGACGGCAGAGGACGAGAUGGUUGGACAGUGUUCUUGAAGCUACCAGCAUGAGUUCGACCAAACUGCAGGAGGCAGUGGAAAGCAGGAGUGCCUGGCGUGCCCUGGUCCAUGGGGUCAUGAAGAGUCGGACACGACUAAACGACUAAACAACAACAAAGGAUUUUUUUAAACGCCAAGAGUUGGGUUCAAAAGGAGUGUAUGGCACAGAUGGAGAGACUGCAGCCCUCUGGGUUGGACUCCAACUCCCAUAAUCCCUGAUUAACACUGGUUGGGACUGAUAAGAAACAGAGUCCUAUGUGUAGAAGUCAAAUAGCUCAUGAACUCUUGAGGCCACUUUUCUCCUUGUCUUUUCAUAUAUUCUAUUCCUCCCUGCAGCAUUGAUUUAUUCUUGGUGUUACUUAGCCACGUUAGCAUAAUACUGUAAACAGUACUGGAUAUGGUUAGGUAGCAGAUGUCUAACAAUUUGUUCUAAUGUUCAUCCAAAAUGUAAGUGUGAUGAGAAAGCGGAUGUGUGCAUGCAAAAGUCUUCUUCAAAGUCUUUAACUGCAUACAACCAGUACUGAAAUUUAUGAACCAUGUUGAAACGCACAACUUAGAUUUUGUUUUGUUUUUCUCCUCAGCAUUCUUUCCAGUUCUGCACCAAAUCUGGGUAAGCUGAUGUGUCCCAUACUGGAAACUGCCUCCCUUUUGAACACAUUGGGGUUGUGGAGGUGAGGUGUCUCUGACACUGAGGAUGGAGAAGUAGACAGGUCACGAGAUGUAAUUACUGGUUUUUAUACACAGCCUAUAAUUUACAUCAUAACAAUUGUUUACAACUAAAUGCAGCCCAGACAUAUUUUCAUGCACCUACUGCCACUGAUCUCGCAGGAUGAAUCUGCCUUUGUGUGCACUGAAAACCCACAGAGCUAUAUUUCAUACAAACCAGAAUGUUAUUUUCAAAGGUUACUGCUUGCUUAGCAAUUUUAAGGCUUAUUAUACAGGUGCUGGGAAGGCAAAUGACCCUCAUGCCACAAGCAAGUUGCCUAGGAUUUGAGAGGUGGCAAUUUCCCUGAUUUGAAGAGCAGGUUAUCCACUUUCUGGAUUUUUGAACAAUUAGACGCUUUGUGAGUUGAUUUAGAUGUUGAGGCUGGUUUAAUUCCGAUUUGUGCAUUAAAUGGCUUGUAGAAGAGAAACAGGAGCUAGAGUCCAGCAGUGCCCCUAGAUUAUGGUAUUGUUUGUAACUGAGUUAACUGUUGCAAUGCUGAAACUUUAAUGGACAGUUGCUCAUCUGUCUGUGUUUCCCUUUUCUCCCAUACCCUGCUCCAGAUCAGAGCCGUAGCUAGGUGAUCUUGCGCCCCUGGCAGAACCAUCCAGAUUGCACCCCCAUCCAUGGAGAAAUUAGUUCUUCUUUCCCUUCUCCUCAAACCCCUUCCUCCACCCAUACAUUUCACCCAGUUUUAAAAACCUUUUCUUAUGAGGCAAUAAUCAAUAUUUUUAUUUAUAGACAUAUUUAUGGUCUAUUUUAGCCGAUUUGGCACCCCCCCUCGUCUGUCCCCCUGGCGGGGCCCACAUCACCACCCCCUACCUAUGGCCCUGCUCCAGAUCACUUUGUUUCCUUUUGUGUCAUGUCUAUGAGAUUAUAAACCCUGUAGGCAGGGGAUGUGGCCUGUUUAAAAAUCUCUGUACAGCACUUAGGAAAGUUUAGGUACAUUGUAAAUGACAGAUAAUAACAUCCACAUGUGCUUUUGACAACAGAUGUUAUGGCCCCAGAAAGCAUGGUGUAUGACAACAUCGACGCAGAACAAAAUGAUACAAAGUAGGUAAAAACUGUGAUAAAUGACAUUUUGCUCUCAUAACCAAAAUUCUAUUGCCACAGUAGUGUUAUGUAAAUGAUUCUGCUGCUCUGAAGAUGGACCUCCUGGUAUGCUUGCUUAAUACAUAGUCCACGGUGAAUUUAUUUGAGCAAGAAUACUUCUAGUACUCCAUUUUGAGCCACACCAUCUGCCUCGGAAUAUGAAGGAUUUGCAUUUGGUUUUAUUUAUGCUACAGUCUCAAUAGAUCUUAAGAGCAUUCCCUUUGUGCAAAGGGAGCCAGCGAUUUCUGAAAAUUAUUGGCAUUCUCCCCAAGCAACACAUUUCCAGCAAUCUUUGGAGGGGCCACGAUAGCAGGACAAAAACAAAACAGGUUUGCAGCAUAAAUGUACACCAUAGACUGCUUUUCGUGUGGAUCCAGGAUCACCCCCCCCCCAGUUUGUGAAUUGUGGCAAUGGCUCUAGGUUAACAGAUGUGAUGACAAGCUGGAGUCUUGAAUCCAUGGUGGUGUGUGUGUGUGUGUGUGUGUGUGUGUGUGUGUGCUGGCUGCUGGCACCUGUAGUCACAUCCUGCCUAGGAGGCCUCCCCAUGUGGAGCUCUGCAGCCCGCCCCCCACAACCUCCCACACCACAUGUAAGCUUGAAAAAGCCUCCUAUUGAAUGCAGAGCCAGGGGCAUUUCGGAGGGGAAGACUUGCAGCUUGGGAAGGAAGGGUUAACCCUCCUGUCAUCAUGCACAGUGACCUCCCCAAAACAAAACCAUCCCCUGCCUCAAUUGGAUUGCAAAUAAGCUUCAAGUUUUCAAGUUUAAUUGCAGUUGGAUAAGGUGGGGAGGUUAUAGAAAGAGUGUGUGUGUGUGUGUGUGUGUGUGUGUGUGUGUGUGAAUGUUACUGAGAAUGAAUGGGUGUGUGCACUGCAUGUCUAUAUGAAUGUAUGUAUGUGUGCAGUGUGAGAAUGUGUGUGGGAGAUAGAGAUGGUGCAAAUGAACAUGAUAAAAACGAAUUAGUUUUUCAGCAGCAUGAGAAUAAUUGACUACUAAAUGUAUAACUGUCUCUUCGUGGGGUAGAAAGCCAUGGAGAUGAAAUUCAUGCGGCAUUCGAAGGAAAUUUUAAUUUUUGACAUCUGUUCUAUGUUUACAUUUUUUAUAUAUAAAAAAAUCCCUUUCAGCUCUACAGCUGAAUAAAACUGCUUGGUUCUCCACUUGCAACCUAUUGAACUGCAAGACUGUGUACUGCUGUAACUACAUGAUUCCUAUUGGAAAAUGUUUUUGUGAUUCAGUGGUGCAUGAAAUGAGGCCUGUUUGUGUGGGGUAUUGUGGCUGAUCUCGCUGAUACUCAUUGUCUCUCUUUGGAGCAUCAGCAUUUUUUGCAGCAUGUGUGCCAUUAGGAAACCUGGUGUUUCCCUUUUUCUCUGGAGAGAAAAAUGAGAUUCAUAAAAUGGGAAGUUAAAGUUCCUCAAGUCAAAAGAGAAGGGUUGGUGGAGAAAUGUUGAUGGCCCCAAAAUGCAAUGAAAAUAUGUAUUUGUCAUUAUUUCCUAUUUGCUUCAGGAAACUAUGGGAAUCUAUCCUAAAACAAAUCCACUCUCUUGGCUCCUCACUAAAUAUUAGUAAUGGAAAGCCUUGAAACAACUGUAGUUGAUCCCCCUCUCCACAAACUAUAAUUAGUGGAAAUAAAUCGGGUUCUGAAACCAUGCUUUGACCGUACCUUGUUCUCUCACUAAUUGUAGUUUAAGCAAACCAGAGGUUCCUGUGUUUAGACAUCAAGGGAACCAUGAUUGGUUUAAAAUCAUGUUUUACAGAAGAGAGGGAACCCAGCCCGAGGCUCUCCAAGGCUCACCUCUGUAGCAACAAAUCAUGGUUUCUCAUUGCCUCCAAACUAAGCUGUAAUUUUUUAUUUCUCUCAUAUUUGCUAGUGUCCUUUUGUUCUUCUGUCCUUUUGGUAUUUAAAAAGUUUCCGUGUGUACGUAGACACAAUUCCUGUAUUGUAAAGCUAACGUUUAGAGAUGCAGGGUAGAAGUAAUUGAAAUUGGAUAUAAAGUCUAUGUUGACUAGAAAAUACAUUUGGCUUAAUAAAUUUUCUCCCUUAAUAACUUUUACAAAUGAUAUCUUCUAGAUUAAAUGGCAUUCUUACAACAGACUCCUAUGCAUGUUAUUUUGAAGUAUGUUCAGUGAGAUUUGUGACAUUUUCCUUUGCAUGUCUAUGCAGAAGUAAGUUCUAUUGAGUUCAGUGGGACUUGCUUCCAGAUAAGUAUACUCAACAUGGAUGCUUUCUUCUCACUUGUGAAAAGUGCUCUUAUAUGUCUCCAUCUUACUCCAAUACCACCCCACUUUUGUUCUGAAUUGCUUACAUUGAGUUGCUGGUUUAUCAUAUGUAUAUUCUUUCUUCAUAGGCCUUCCUCAAGAAAUUUCUUCAAAGUCAAGAAACAUGCUUUAGAGAAGAAUAGCAAGAUGACAAAAGAAGAAAAGCAGUUUAGAGAGAAGUUCAUGGUAGGUUUCCUUAUUUUGUUUUUACAAAAAGCUUGGAAUAUGUUGGCAUGGUUACCUGCAAUGCAGAGUCAACUCUUGCAUGUGUAUGCAUGUGUAUGCAUGAAAGUCUAUUGCGCAAUCUAUCACCUCCUGUCAUGUACAGAACUGUGAGCUGCAACGUUCCAGAAAACUGUUCUGUUUAAAUUAUUUUGUCAUUAGUUGUAUAGGUAAUUUUUCAGCAGUUUGCCAAGGAUUCUGGGCGUUGGUUCAGAUAGAAACCUGCGAGCUGCAAAGUAUAGAAGUACCUGAAGAAUUGUAGGCUGCAGAAUGCAGCAAUCAUUAUGGCACACGUUUGCUAGAAACAUACUAAUAUAGGGCUCCAAUACAAGGAAAUGUUUUCUAGAUCUGAUGCUGAUUUUUCAAAUCAGCUGCUUGAGCCCAGUCAGGAGUAUUUCCAGCUACUUAUAUGAUGUCUCUGGUAAGCCAGGACAUAAACCUCCUAAGAGGUUAUCCCAGUUUUGAUGCUUGACACUUUCCAGCAGCUGAACACCCCCAGGAACUGUUUGUAUGAUCUUUAUAGUGUUUUAGGUGGUGAUGGUUAGGAUUUACGAUGCUGGAGACAGCACUUGUUACACGUUUCUAGCUGUCCCCUCCCAAUGUUUUCCAUAGUUUAUUAUUUAAUGGAGUUGAACUGAAACAGUCUAAUUUUUAAAAAAAUCUAGUGUUCAUUUUCAUUUUAAAUCUGCUUCUGAGACUUUGGGGGAAUCAACCUUGCUGCUGCUAUAUUUUGGGAGCCCUAAUACCUGGCAAACGGCGUUUCCGUGCACUGCUCUGGUUUCGCCAGAAGCGGCUUAGUCAUGCUGGCCACAUGACCCGUAAAAACUGUCUGCGGACAAACGCCGGCUCCCUCGGCCAGUAAAGCAAGAUGAGCGCAGCAACCCGUGUCGUUCGCGACUGGUCUUAACCAUCAGGGGUCCUUUACCUUUACCUUUUAAUACCUGGUGGGUUGGAUACUAGGAUUAUUUUGAAACAAACCAAACCAAACCAACCGUAGGCAUCAUUCAUAUAUUUCAUGGUCUAUUCAGAAAGCUGCAGAUCCUCCUUAAUAGUGAUUAGAAAUGUUCAAACUCAUGAUAUAGCCUGAAAUCCAAAUAAUAAUACAACUUGUUCUUCUGCGCGCCCAAUGAAGGUUUGGCCUUGCAUUUCUCAAACCUUCAUCCAUAUGCUCAGUCAUCCCGAUGCUGUGUGGCAGCCUACUUCUGAAACAUGAGACUUUGCAAAGCAGCUUGUCAUGUAAGUUUGUGUAUAUCUUUUGUUCAAAGGACCAUUCAGGAUGCCCAAGCCCUUUUAGCUACCUAUGCUUAAUUGAAAGUAACCCCAUUAUUUUCAAUGGGUCUUUUUCCAUUAAGUGUACUUUGGAUUGCAUCUUUAUUUAUUUUCUUAUUCCCUUCUCUCAGUAUGAUAAGGAGAUUGGGGUAAUCAAUACCGCAGUUGCACACUGCUCAAAUACUUUGACCAAAGGAAAACUUGACUUGAGGAUCACGGCAGGCGAGCAACUUGAAGUCAUUGAUAUUACGGAAGGGAACCAAUUGAUAUGUCGGAAUUCUGAAGGCAAAUGUAAGUUUUCCGAGUGGUGUUGAAUGGAACAGCCAUGUUUUAAGCAGAGCAUAAACAAAACAGUUUGGGUGGGUAAGAGGAGAGUUGGUAGACUCAAUUAUCACAAACUGGGUAUUGGGUAUUGCAAGGAAGCAAUCUGAAUGUGUAAGUAGCUCAAAUUAAAUUCUGGGCUCCCCAGACCUUUCUACAGCUGAGAACCUGACUCCUUUUUCUCCAGAAACCAAAACUCUGCUACCAAUGAUGGGCUAUGGAUUAUUUACUUGGAUCAGUAUUUGACUCUGGCAGUUUGAAUUAGGAAAACUUAUUCUUGGCAUAUCUUUAACUAUUCACCAGUUUUAAGGCAUUUACCGUAUUUUUCUGUGUAUGACUACGUUUUUUUCCUUAAAAAUGUCAAAAGUUAGGGGGCAUCUUAUACACAGAUACAUCUUCCCUCAUUUUCUUAAAUCUGAGUUCCCCCAAAAUAGGGGGCGUCUUAUAGAUGGAAAAAUACGGUAUGUUUGGAGGAUUUUGCAUAUGCCUAAAAUAUUAAGAAAGAUUUAUGAAUAUAAUUUAUUUUAUUCUUUCCUAGAUGGAUUUGUGCUACUAGAACACUUGAAUUUCAGGUAGGUUUUGUGUAUUUUUUAUCCCGAUGUUAAGAGAACAAUUUCAUAAGCAUUUUUGCUUGAGGUUUAGUGUGGCAGGGUCUGGUAGUUUUGUUUGUUCUUUGAGACAAUUAAAGUAAGAGGCUCCUUAAUAAUUUUAUUUUGGGAAUGAUUCGUGUUCUUACAUAGCUGCAUUGUUUUAUACUUUCUGGAUGCCCCAUGAUCAUAUUUUAAAGUAGCUGCGUUCUAAGUCAAACACCAGUCAAACACUAAGGGAGUUGCUUCUUUUGUUUCCCAAUGUAUUUAUCACCAAUAAAUAAAUACCCAUGUGCAAAUCUGGGGUAAAGUUGUGCCUUUUCUUUUGUAGCAGACAUUAGUACUGUACAUCUGCAGCGCAACUGUUGCCUAUGACGUGAUGAUGUAUCGAUGGCAUCCACCGAAAAUAAGCACCAGUAAGAAACUUCUUUGCGUGGGAAGAAAUAGAAUUGAGUUGUCGAUGGCAAACUGAAUGCUAAGCUUGAAUUCUUCAGUAGCUCACAGUUAACAGCUGCCACUUGCUUGAAUGAUAGACAAGGAGUUGAGCAUGGUUGCUUUCCAAUAUUGCAAGUUCAAAAUUGUUUUUCAAGUUCAUGCUGUGCCAUUUGUGUGACUUGAUAAUUUAGAUUCUAGCUAACUGCAGGGAUCCCAAGACCCUAGAGCACAUGCUUAAUGAACCUGCAUAUGUAUAGGAGGCUUUCGUCAGAUUUUGUUUCCAGCUCCCAUCCCCUCCUGAACAAGAGGAUUUUCAGUUAUGACAGAUGGAGAACAUGUAAAGUUCCUGUGCAUGUGCAGAAAUCACCUUGGUUCCUUGGAUCAUGGCCAGCAUACUUACCAUUUUGUGUGUGAAACAGCUGGUCUGUGUGUGUUGUCAAUGAUGAAAAUGUAAGCCUUGGCAUUUGUACUGUAUGCUCCUAUAUUAAGCCUGCAUCAAUCCCUGUACAUAUUAGAUGUGCUGUUGGCAUACUUGAAACAUUCCUUGUAGAUGUAAAUAAAAUGAAGUAUGAAAUGACAUUUAAUAGAUUGUUUUUGAAGGCAAUUCUGCUUA